AUGUGCUACUACGGAGGAUAUUAUGGAGGCCUGGGCUAUGGCUAUGGCUGUGGCUAUGGCUAUGGCUGUGGCUAUGGUGGCUAUGGUUAUGGCUGCUGCCGCCCACUGUGCUGUGGACGAUACUGGUCUUAUGGAUUCUACUGA